AACGCAGUUUGCUCCUAACUGCGGCGAGCUGUGCAUCAUCCCUACACGAUGGAACUUACGAGAGUUGUAUUCAUCAUUCUUGUGUCGUUGUGUGGUGUGAGAGACGUACAUGCUGAUACAAAUUUGGCAGCCUUCUCUAGAAAAUUAAACCUGCUGGACACAACGAUCCAGGCGUGGAAAAGCACAGUUGCUGAUUUGGGGACUGAAAUGAGUAACAACUUUGACUUGCUGAAAGAAGAACUGACUAACACGUUCAUCCCUGCCUUGGUAAAGCCUCUAGUGAAGCAAGCGAUUACUGACAUCCUAAAAGAAGAAUACAUUGGGAAUAUUAUCAGCGGGCGUGUUCUUGAUGUAGUUAACAGCCUGAAAACCAGAGUACACAACACAAAAACGCAACUUCGCUCAGUUAGACGAAAGUUCAGACAAGUUAAACUUGAAAGAGACUCUUACAAAGAGAGUCUUAGCAAAUUACGAGUUCAGCUGACCAAAGACAUCCAAAGGGACUUUCAGGGAAUACAGCAAAGGAUACAGGAACUGGAGGAACGUGAUGCGCUGCGUGAGAAAGACAUCCAAGACUUUGCGGAACAGAAACAGAAAGCCUCGAGUGACCCGAGUCAGACCGAGAGGAGACCAGUGACCACAAAAAAGCCUGCUACACAGGCCUCGAGUGAUCCGAGUCGGACCGAGGGGACACCAGUGACGACCACAAGGACCACUGGGGACAACUCAGCAGCGACUCCAUCACCAGUAGAUUGCAGGGACCUCUAUGUCGCCAGCAGGAGGGGGAACCUGGAGGAGGUGAAGCGGGUCCUGUCGCGGGACAUCGACGUCAACUGUAGGUGGGGACAGUGGAGCUGGACACCGGUGACGACGGCAGCACGGUGGGGACACAGCGACGUGGUGGAGCUCCUGGUGAGUAAAGGGGCCGAUGUGUCACUGGUGGACAAGGACGGUGACAACAUCCUUCGCCUCGCCUGUAUGGGAGGGCACUUGGAGACGGUGGAGUUUGUGCUGUCUCUGAACGUGGUGGACAUCAACAGUAGAGGAGGGGGGAGCCAGACCCCGGUGAUGACGGCGGCAGAGUGGCGACACAGAGACGUGGUGGAGCUGCUUGUGAGUAAAGGGGCCGAUGUGUCACUGGUGGACGUGAACGGUGACAACAUCCUUCACUGGGCCUGUAGGGCAGGACACUUGGCGACGGUGAAGUUUGUGCUGUCACUGAACGUGGUGGACAUCAACAGUAGAGGAUGGGGGAGCAGGACACCGGUGAUGAGGGCAGCAUUGAGGCGACACAGAGACGUGGUGGAACUCCUGGUGAGUAAAGGGGCCGAUGUGUCACUGGUGGACGAGGACGGUGACAACACCCUUCACCUCGCCUGUUAUAGAGGACACUUGGAGACGGUGAAGUUUGUGCUGUCACUGAACAUGGUGGACAUCGACGCCAGGAACAACUCGGGGCGGACAGCGGCCGACGUGGCGAGACGCAUGGGACAUACGCCAGUUUUGGAUCUGCUCGUGUCCCACGGCGCUCAGUGACGUCUGUGUCGUGUUUGUGUAGACGGUUGAGGAGGACGCUGACAGUGACGUGGUGUGCCGUUUACGUCGUCGUGUAUAAAUAUGUCUUCAUUUACGUGAAACUGUUUGUUGUUUUUGGAGAUGAAUAAAACUUGUAAAAACU